AUGGACGUGGAUGAGCUCAAGAGCAUCCAGACCCAGGCCGCCGGCAACGGCGAGAUCGACGAGAGUCUCUACUCGCGCCAGCUGUACGUUCUUGGUCAUGAAGCCAUGAAGCGUAUGGGCAGCUCGCAUGUAUUAGUCUGCGGCAUGAGGGGUCUAGGUGUCGAGAUAGCAAAGAAUAUCGCGCUGGCAGGCGUAAAGAGUCUCACACUCUACGAUCCAAAGCCCGCACGGAUAGAAGACUUGAGCUCGCAGUUCUUCCUGCAUCCUGAGGAUGUUGGCAAGCCGAGAGCGCAGGUGACGGCACCAAGAGUUUCAGAGCUGAACCCGUACACUCCGACUGGCGUGCAUGAGGCAGAGAACUUGACUGCAGACCUGAGUCAGUUGAAGAAAUACCAGGUUGUGGUGCUUACGGACACGCCGCUAGAAGAGCAGAAGACAAUUGCAGAGUUCUGUCAUGAAAACGGCAUCUACGUCGUCAUCACAGAUACGUUUGGUCUGUUCGGCUACAUCUUCACAGACUUUGGCAAGAACUUCGCCGUUGGUGAUCCGACUGGCGAGAAUCCGCUCAGCGGCAUCGUGGCUGGCAUCGACAACGAAGGUAUGGUGUCAGCGCUGGACGAGACGCGGCACGGUCUUGAAGACGGCGACUAUGUAACCUUCUCGGAGGUGGAGGGCAUGGAGAAGUUGAACGAUGGCACACCACGCAAGAUCAAGGUUACUGGCCCGUACACCUUCUCCAUCGGGGAUGUCUCGGGUCUGGGCGAGUAUAAGCGCGGUGGGCUGUACACGCAGGUCAAGAUGCCGAAGAUUCUGGACUUUGAGCCGCUAUCUGUUCAGCUGAAGAAGCCUGACCUUAUGAUGUCCGACUUUGCCAAGUUUGACCGACCGGGACAACUGCAUGCCGGUGUUCAGGCGCUUCAUGCUUUCGCAGAGAAGCAUGGACACUUGCCACGGCCACACAGUGAGCAAGACGCAACUGAGGUGUUGCAGUCCGCCAAGGAAAUCGCUGGCACGUUGGAGGAGAAGCCGGAGCUUGAUGAGAAGAUCAUCAAAGAGCUGUCAUAUCAAGCUCGUGGUGAUCUUUGUCCCAUGGCAGCCUUCUUCGGUGGCUUGGCGGCGCAGGAGGUACUCAAAUCCGUGUCCGGCAAAUUCCAUCCCAUCAAGCAGUGGAUGUACUUUGACUCACUGGAGUCGCUCCCGACAUCGACGCCAAGGAGUGAGGAGGAAUGCAAACCAAUCGGCUCACGCUACGACGGACAGAUAGCGGUGUUUGGCAAGUCAUACCAGGAGAAGCUCGGCAACGUUAGGCAAUUCCUUGUGGGUGCCGGCGCCAUUGGAUGUGAGAUGCUGAAGAACUGGGCCAUGAUUGGGCUUGCUGCUGGGCCCAAGGGCAGACUCACUGUCACCGACAUGGACCAGAUUGAAAGGAGCAACCUGAACCGUCAGUUCCUCUUCCGCCCGAAGGACGUCGGCAAGCUUAAGAGCGAGUGUGCAGCGGAAGCGGUGCAGGCUAUGAAUCCGGACCUGAAAGGCAAGAUCAACAUGCUCAAAGACCGGGUUGGGCAGGAUACUGAGCACGUCUUCAACGAGGAGUUCUGGGAAGAUCUCGAUGGGGUGACGAACGCGCUAGACAACGUCGAUGCGCGAACGUACGUUGACAGGCGUUGUGUCUUCUUCCACAAGCCGCUGCUCGACAGUGGUACGCUCGGCACCAAGGGCAACACGCAGGUCGUGCUGCCAAGGCAGACGGAAUCAUAUUCAAGCUCGCAGGACCCACCAGAACAAUCCUUCCCAAUGUGCACACUCCGCUCAUUCCCGAACCGGAUCGAGCAUACUAUCGCAUGGGCGAAAGAUCUCUUCCACACCUACUUUGUUGGUCCGGCGGAGGUAGUGAAUAUGUACUUAACGCAGAAAGACUACCUCAGCUCCGCGCUCAAGCAGUCUGGCAGCGAGAAGCAAACGCUUGAGACGCUUCGCGACUCACUGCAGACAGGUAAGCCGCAGAGCUUUGACGACUGCGUUGAGUGGGCGCGUAUGCAGUUCGAGAAGCAGUACAACAACGCCAUCCAGCAACUACUGUACAACUUUCCGAAAGACUCGAAGACGUCCUCAGGGCAGCCUUUCUGGUCAGGCCCCAAGCGUGCACCCGACCCGCUCAAGUUCGACCCGGAAAGCGAUACCCACUUCACUUUCGUCAUCGCUGCUGCUAACUUGCACGCUUUCAACUAUCACAUCAAGCCCAAGAACGACCGAAACUACAUCCUUAGUGUGCUAGAUCGCAUGAUGGUUCCGGAGUUCAAGCCAGACCCUGGUGUCAAGAUCCAGGCAGAUGACAAAGAGCCCGACCCCAACGCUGGCAAUGGCGCCAUGGACGACAAUGAGGCGCUUGAGAUUAUCGCGAAGGGCUUGCCGCAGCCAAAGACGCUGGGUGACUUCCGCAUGGAGCCCGUCGAGUUCGAGAAAGAUGACGAUACCAACUUCCACAUCGACUUCAUCACCGCCGCAUCCAACCUCCGAGCGGAGAACUACAAGAUCGCCACGGCUGACCGGCACAAGACGAAGUUCAUCGCAGGCAAGAUUAUCCCAGCCAUCGCCACCACGACCGCGCUCGUCACUGGCCUCGUUGUGCUCGAGCUGUACAAGAUCAUUGACGGCAAGGACGACAUCGAGCAGUACAAAAACGGCUUCGUUAACCUGGCGCUUCCGUUCUUUGGCUUCAGCGAGCCGAUUGCCAGCCCGAAGGGCAAGUACAUGGGACCGAACGGCGAGGUCACGAUUGACAAGCUGUGGGACCGCUUCGAGAGUGAGGAUGUGCCAUUGUCACAAUUCUUGGAGGACUUCAAGAAGAAGGGUUUGACGAUCAGUAUGAUCUCGAGUGGCGUGAGUUUGUUGUAUGCGAGCUUCUAUCCGCAAAGCAAGGUUAAGGAUCGGUUGCCGAUGACAAUGUCCGAGCUCGUGGAGCACAUCAGCAAGAAGCCCAUUCCGGAGCAUCAGAAGAACGUAAUCUUCGAGAUUACGGCGGAAGACGAGACGGAGGAGGAUGUCGAGAUUCCGUACGUCAUGGUCAAGUUGCGGAGGUAG